AUGUGGAAUGGGGAGUCACGGUGUAUUGCCAUAGAAGACCCCAAGUUUUGUAUGGACUCAUUUUCAACUCUAUCUGAGGAACAAAAUGCAAAGUAUGAGAAUCUAAAUUAUCAACUCGAAGAGGAUAGUUCAUUGACUCUUGAUUUUCAUAGCAACGAUACUCAAAUUUUCUAUAGUCAGUGCACAGGGACUUUAUUACCCACCUCUCCAUAUACUUAUGGUAUCUUUUUUAAAUUAACAAGUGCAGUUAAACAAAACAUAUACAUUUCAACAAAAGAGUACACUGAAGACGAAUUGCGUAUACUUGGCUUACAAGAGAAGAUUAAAGGGUCUGGCUUGGGGAUAGCUACAAUGAGCACCUGUAUAUCAUCAGAAGAUGAAAAUGAAAUGUGCACAGACUCCAAUGAUGGGUACUCUGAAUAUGUCAGAGAUCCAAGACUUAUAAUUGAAAUGGAAGAACACAUUCCAGUCUAUAUAUUUGUCCAUUCACAAUUUGGCCAAUAUAUUACUGAGGAUUUUCAAAUUCAUAUUAAAACCACUGAACAUGUUUGUGAGGCAUUUGCAGAGGAACUUUCAAUGUUGGACUUCGUCUCAUUCACAACAAAAAAUUUCUCAGUCAAUUUUCUGCAACGUUCGUCGUCUGUGUGUGUCAAAGUAAAACAGUAUGUGAAGUGGUACAAAAUCACUGGUGUUGACUUCCAAAUGGUUAAAGUUGACACAUGUAAUAUAUCAACUAAGUUUGAUACGUCCAUUCAAAUUAUAAAACAUAAAGAAGGUCAGAAAUAUGCGUCGUGUGAGAGUGCAACUUCUGAGUGUGUAUCAUAUGUGCAUAACAAUUGUGAAGAUUUAAUACAUUCAAUAACACUUUUUAAGAUGGAGAGUGGAUAUACUUACCAUAUUGGAAUUACACAAAACAUUGAACCACGAAUGGAGUUUGUUGAUGUUCAUUUUGGCGUUGGGUGUAUAAACAACUGCGGCGAUCAUGGUAUUUGCGACCAAAGAAAAGGGAUGUGUAAAUGUUUAGAUGGGUAUGUUUUAUAUUAUGGUGGUUGUUCAAUGUGUGGAAAUGGUGUUUUAGACGAAGAAGAAGAGUGUGACAAUUCAUAUAAAAACGAUGCAUUUUGUGGUCCGACAUGUUAUUGUACAGAAGGUACAGUGAUGAAGAGAAAUGAAAGUGGCAAAUUCUGUGAAGUUCCGACAUGUGGUAAUAACAUUAUAAAUGAUGGUGAAGAAUGUGAUGGUGGUAAGUAUUGUGAACAUUGCCUAUGUAAUCCAAAAGAAAGUGUCCAUUACUUGGUCCCACAAAUUGGGUGCAAACCAAUUACAUGUGGUAAUGGCAUAUUCGAUGUCGGAGAAGAAUGUGAUGGAGGUCGAGGAUGUAUAGAGUGUCAAUGUCAAUUUGGUUAUUCUUCCAAAAGUUCUUCUGAUUGUCAGAAGAGUAACUUUGUCAUGGUCACAAUGAUAAGUUUGUGUGUGUUAUGUUUUGGGUAUCUUCUUUAUUUCCUUCUCCUCUUAUUUAUCGUGUGUGUAUUUUAUAGAAAAUUAAACCAAAAAAUUGCAGAGGAGCUUGGUGAGCAAAAAAUCUUAGACGACAUUUACAACGAAGAAAUAGUCCCAUUUAGUCGUGAGGGUGGUGUGCGGAUUAAUAUCGAAUCGCCUCCUUUCUUUACCUUUUCACUCGCCAAAAUUGACGAAACAGCAAAAAUCUUAGAGAUUAAUUGUCUCACACUCGUUGAUUUCACACUAAGAAACAAUUACAAUGAGGUUAUGACCUUUAUAUGUCAUGGAGUUGACACGUUUAAAUACAAACUUGUAUUCCGUCCAAAAAGCGGACGAUUAAAACCACAUCGAGAAAUUAAAAUCUCUGCAUUUGUAUCCCCAAAGUGCACGUGUAAUGUCCGCGACUCCAUUUACAUAUCAAUUCGGUAUUCCAAUUUUAAACGGAUCUACAAAAGCGUGGUUUUCGAGAAAAUCACUCAUUUUAUGGACUCAGACUCUUCUGAAAAAAUUGUUAACAAGAAGAAGCACAUCUCAAUGAAAGAAGUUAUGAAAGCGCAUUCUGCGUCUCAACGAAUACUAAACACGACAAAAAAUGAAACAGUUGACGUUACUCAAAACUCAAUUCAAUCAAACACCGACAAGAAAGUCACUUUUUUCUAUGUGAAACUGCCACUUCUCUUCUCAAGCGAGAUCUCUCCAUUUCUAGAUAUGGAGGAAAUUGAGAUCAAACAUCCCCAAAUCGGCGAAGGUGCUUUUGGAACUGUUUUUAAAGGAAAAUACCGAACUGUAGAUGUUGCUGUUAAAAUGUUCAAACAACAUGCUAGCGAUGAAUUUGAUCACUUAAGGGAUGCUAUGCUUCAAGAGACAGACUUACUUCUCCGCCUGAGAUGUCCAAAUGUUGUAUCGUAUAUGGGCAGCGCAAUAACCGACAACACGUGUUGUAUACUGACUGAGUUCUGUCCAUUCAUGUCGGUCAAACGGUGUUUAGCGCUUGAAGAUUUUAGUGUUGGCUUGAAAAUUAAGAUCUGUUUUGAUGUUGCGAAGGGGAUGAAGUACUUACACUCAAACAAUAUCAUUCACUACGACUUGAAGAGCGACAACAUCCUUUUAGUCUCGAAGAACGAGAACGAGUUUGUCGUCGCAAAGGUUUGCGAUUUCGGAACGAGCUUGAUGUUUGUUGAAACAAACAAAGUGAAACUGAAGAGUAAUAUAGGAACACCACAAUAUAUGAGUCCAGAAGUUAUUAAAAAGAAUGAAACUAUUAGUAAUAAGACCGACGUCUAUUCAUAUGCAAUCACAUUACUUGAGUUGUGGAAAGGUAAAGAAAUUUAUAACAAAAACAUUUUCAGUGACAAAAAUGUUAUUUAUGAGUUUGUAUUGGCGGGAAAGAGAGUAGAUAUACCAGUGGAUUGUACUUAUAAAGAUCUCAUUAAUUCGUGUUGGGAACAAGACCCUGCAAUGAGACCAUCGUUCGAUACGAUUGUAAAAGAAUUCGAAAUUUUUUAUAAACUACUCGACGUGAUUAAAAAACUUAUCAAUACAAAAGAACAAUACCCGUCUAAUAUUCCUCUCUUAAAAUUUUUUAAUACAAAAAGUCUGUUGAAAGAAUUGUUUGUAAAAGAAAAAAACGCAAAUCACGGAAUUGCUCAUGACCAAAAUUAUUCAUUUGUAAAAGUCAAUAAUUGGGAUUCGGUCAUCGGGUCCAAAAAUGAGAAGGCUAAGAUUGAGGAAAACGAAAGUAAAGAAAUCGCAAGUGAACUUUCUACGGAAAAUAAUGACAUUUCUGGCGACGGUUCAUCCAAUCUUAAUACAAAUGAUAAGAAUGACAAGAUUGAGAAGUAUGGAAAUGAAAGUAUGGAAAAACAAAUAACUCCUCCAAAUGAUUUUGAACAAUCAAAAAAAUAUUACGAAAUACCAAAAUUUGAAUUUGAAAAGUUCGACGAACAAAAUGAGAAUAAGAGAAAUAGUCACGACUUUUAUUACAUAAACAGUGGGCAAAGUUUUAUGGAUUUGUAUAGUUUAAAUGAUUGA